AUGGAGCUACGUGUGAUGUCGAUGUUUUCCAUAUACCUCUUCCUUCUUACGGCAUGGUGCCGUGAUGGAGCCUCUGGCUCGAAGCAGAAAGGGUGUGAAUUACUCUGUGAAGACAGCUUGGGAUAUAUUUCAUCAGGAGACAUCACUCUUGGUGGACUCUUCGCUGUGCACCUAGAUGUGGAAAAUCCAGAACUGUCAUUCAGGAGAAAACCCGGGCUACUGAAAUGUAGAAAGUAGGUCAUUCAGACACAUUGCUUAUUUCACGAACACAAUAGGAAGCAGUUUAAACUUUAUUAGUUAGUUCACAAUGGUAUUUAGAUACUGUAUAUCGAGUCAACUUUUAGGUAAAUGGAAUCUGUUAUAUUGAACUCAUUAUUUUCUGUUCCUCUGUCACUCUUCAUUCCAUCUCUCCCUUGCCACACAGGUGUUUUAGAGGGACCUGGUACUCUAUGCAUACAGCAGGAUGUGACAAUGCUAGCCUGCUGUAUGCAUAGAGUCCUUCCUCCUCCCAUCUCUGGCCAUUAGACAUUAUUGAUUCUCUGUCUAAUAAUGGAUAAAGAGGGGACGGUUUACUAUAUCUUACAGAGAGGAGCUCCCUUCUUCUUCCUGUAUAUUCUCUAACAGCCUCUCAUGCCCUGGUCUUACAGACAGUAGCUCACUUGUUGAUUCUUACUCACCUAACAGUGAAAGACUGCUGGCUGAAAGUCAAUUCUAGAACAAAGGGUAAGAUUAAUGAGGAAUCGUGGGCUACUUCAGGCUUUAUAACACUUCACAAUGAAAAAAAACAGACAAAUAUGGUCUUAAUAUACCUAAGGUUGGUAGAAUCUCAUGUAAUGGAUUAUAUGCAUCUCAUGCCUUUUUUAUAAUGUUUCCAUAUGUUUCUCCUGUGUGAUAUUCACUAAACACAGUGUUCGAUAUAGUGACAUUAUUCCUAAAUAUUUUCUCAUUAAACAUCAAAGUAAGCAGGCACAAAUAAUUAAUUUCAAAGUUUUGUUUGUAUUUUUAGCUUUCAUAUCAGAUAUUACCGAUUUCUCCUAUCGAUGGUUUAUUCCAUAAUGGAGAUUAACAAGUCUCCCGACCUCCUACCGAAUAUCAUUCUAGGUUUCAAACUCUACGAUUCCUGUUACAAUGAAGUCAGAGGUUUGAUAGGCACAAAAUGGAUAUUGUCAGGAUCCAAAGAUGUUCCAACGACUUUUAAUUAUAAUUGUUAUAAGGAUACCAUGCCUCCUGCUAUAAUUGGAGACUUGACAUCUAAAGCUUCAAUCCCGAUGGCUUGGAUACUGGGCCUUUUCAGAUACCCUCAGGUAAUCCGCUAUGGCAUCAACAUAUUGUAUGAUGGAGAAAGAGGUUUUAUCAAACAAGAAACUGUUGUAUAGGUGUUUUAUCUUAAUGUUGAUGGGCAGAUUUAGUAACUUUUAUUAUUUCAAAUAAACCUAGUAACUAUAUACCCCCAUAGAUACAAUGUGCCCAUUACGGUGAAUCCUCCUGGCACUUAUAUUUUCACUUUUUAAAAAACAAAGAGUACUAAGUGUUCCCAAUCUACAAUGAAAAAGUAACAGUUUUUAUUAAAAAAAAACACUCUGCUUCUAUAGAUUUCAUUACCAAAAACUCCUGUAAAAUAAAAUAAUUUGAUACAUACGUCAACCAGUCUCACAUGGACAACUGAUAAAGAAAGACAUCGCUUGAAACAACAAAACAACUGCAAAACAAAAAUAAACCUACACAACUCAGCAACCAUUAAAUAAAACCAUUGUGUACAGUUCCUUCCAACCCCAAUAUAUAUUGGGGAGUCCGAGAACUGGCCUCCAUCUAACUCUUUUUUUAGGGGAAGCAAUUCCAUGUUGAGAAUUCUCUAAGAAGCUUAGAUGAGGCAUACUUUGUCCAGUGUGUCAGGUACUUGCAUUAGAUUCUCAGCACUUGGGAAUGAUUUUAAUCAUUUAUUUUACUCCAGUAUAGUAUGUAAUGAUUCAUACAAAUAAACAGUCGUAAUAAUUAAGGAAAAACUUGUAUUUAAAGCUGUAUACCUUGAGCAAUUCAGUGAUUUUCUGAGUCAUGGUGGAAAGCCAGGAUUUUAUUAAAGACAUGGAGGCGAUUAGUAUUAAUUUCUCUUUCUCUACUUCGAACAGCAGCAAAUUAAUAGAGUGAAAUGAAUUAAAAAGCAAACAAAGUACUGCUGGUGACACCAUACACGUUAAGCCAAUCACAUCGAUCAGCUAUAAAGUCCCCUGUCAACUUGCAAGAUGAAGUCCAUAAUCAACUGUGAAGAACUUAAAUAUCAAAAUGUCAUAUAAACAUUUUAACUUUCAUGUAUUUUGCAGUAUAAAAUCUAGUCCAUAAAGCAUUCGGGGUGACGAGACCAAUCUCGCCACAUUGCAUUGGAGAAGCCUGGUUGCUCGCCUGUUGCCUUUGGAUUAUGGCCCCAUGUUAAAAGGCUUGAUUUUCCCCUGCAAAGACAUGAAAGCCGGGUCAUUUGGUGCUUGCCCUGUUUGAGUGGUGAUACUCCAGAUAGCUAUGACAUGGAGCCCAUUCGUAUAAUUAAAAGACUAUGGGAAAGACUUUGGCUCCAUGGCAACUGAACUGUAUGUGUGUGAUCUGAGCGCCAUUCAGUAAUAAUGUGCGCUCAGAUCUGAGCUAUCUGGGGAUAUGUUGAAUGUACCUGUUUUGUGCAAUGGCUGCACAGUUAUAUGUUUUUAUGUGUUUUAUUGUCUUCUGUAUUCAAUGGAGUUUUGCCUCUGUCCUAGGAGAUAAUUGGAUUACUUCCCAAUUAUCUCCAGGAUAGAAGACGCUGUGGAACUGGUUUUGGGCAGAAAAGCCAAGCUUCCUUUGGUCACAAAGGAGUACGAUCUAUCUUUUGAACCACUGGACCAAUUUGUAUGAUUUUGACGUAUGUUUGUAUUUGGAGUAUGCUGAUUCUGAAAAUGUAAGUUAUAUGUGAAUGUGAUGCAUACUUCUCAAGUUAUGAAUAAUGUGGUAAAAUUGUAUUUCUCUGCUUGUUAUAAUUAUAUUACCCAUUGUGUAAGGUAAUUGAAUCACAGGCAGAGGGGAGGAUUUUGUGUGGGAGUGUCUGAGUGUAUUGUAUGUGUUUAUUGGUUGUGUUCCAAAACCCUGUGGGUGGUACUAAUGUGUAAGAAUGUGUACAUAAGAACAAUAAACCCACAACUCUGUCUGUUCACUGCUUGACCCUCAACACGGAGCUUUGUCUCGUUCUUGGGGGGAUGUAUUGUAUGCUGUUCCAGUUUGACUGCUAGGAGUGUAAACCUAUUCGUAUGGUUUUUCCUAUUCGGCUGUUUACGGCAUUCAUAUGGUUUCCUGUUCGGCGGAUUGGUGUUCUGCAGUAGCUGUGCUUGCAUCUCUGGGAGGGGAAGAUCUACUAAAUGGCGGUUUAACCCUUUUAUGCCUGGGGGUGCCGUUACACUCAGUAACCCCAAGUCCAUAAAGCCUCAGCAACAAUAUGAUUACCAGCUAGUAGAGGAAAACAUGUAUCUGUUAGAAGCCACUAGUCACUGAUAUAAUGAAUGUAACUGGGCUGAAAAUGUCAGAUCUACCUGUUUUCACAUAGUACAAAACAUUCCAAUGGGUCAUACCAUUCUUACAGUCAGGAAGUUAAAAUCCCACUUAUCUUAUAUUAAGAAGGCACUAUAGUCACUAAAACAGCUUUAGUUUAUUGAAGCAGUUUUGGUGUAAAGAUCAUGAAAGAUACAUGAAAGUUGGUGGGACCAUCCCUGGAUUUCCCACUCACAGCACCUGAGUACAAAGCUCUUUAGCUUAAGGUUAGCAAUGUGUCAAGUAUUACAUUUCACCCAACCUAUGGGGCUUUCUCAAAUGUAUUACUUAUCACUAACACAACCCCACAAUACAUGAUUUAAUACGCAAACUAAUAAAAUAUUAAAAAUGAAAUUGAAUUAUACAUUUAAAGGUUAAAUAAAUAUUUAAUGUUUAAUAUGGAAUAUUUUUUAGCUACCAGUAGCAAGGAAAAACCAUAUAAUUAUUUCCUUUUUCAUUUAUGUCUGUAGGUUAGCUAUGGUGCAUCUCAUCUAAGUUUGAGCGACAAGGUGCAGUUUCCAUCCUUCCUUAGGACAAUGACUAGUGGUAACAAAGAAAUUCUUGUUAUUGCUCAGUUAGUAAAAUAUUUCAACUGGACAUGGGUGGGCAUGAUAAAUUCCGAUAAUGAGUAUGGAAGAUCGGGUGGCCCAUUGAUACAGAAAGAAAUUGAAAAGAACGGUGGAUGCAUUGCCUUCACAGAAACACUACCAAUCUACAGCUCACAAAAGGUGGUUUUACAAGUAGUAGAAGUCAUUAAAGAAUCCAACGCUACAGUCAUUAUUGUAUAUUCCAGCAUGGAGAAUCUCAUAUCUUUAAUGGAGGAAGCUUCAUCCCAUGAUAUUACUGACAAAGUAUGGAUUGGCUGUUCUAGUUUCUCUAUUACAUCAGACUUUCCUAGAAAAGACAUUUUAACAACCUUAAAUGGAAGUCUGAGUGUGUCAGUUCCUCUUGGUAAAAUCCCAGGGCUUACAGAAUUCCUUUACAGCAUUCAUCCUUUUAAAUUUCUAGGUGACAUCUUCAUCAAGACAUUUUGGGAGAAGGCUUUUGGAUGCAUCUGGCCAGAAGAGGGCUUUCACAACAGCACGGCACAAACACUAUUUGGAGAAAGAAUUGUGUGGUGCAGAGGAAAUGAAAGACUGGAUAGUAUUGAUGCAAAUAUUUAUGAUGUCUUCAACUUCAGAUACACCUAUAAAAUCCACAAUGCAGUUUACGCAGUAGCUCAUGCCUUGCAUCAGAUGAAUUCAUGUGUAGCAGGCAAUGGGCCUUUCAAGAAUGGAUCUUGUGCAAACAUUUAUAAUCACCAACCAUUUCAGGUAUUGUCUGUUUUUCUCUCCAUAUAUCCAUCCAUCUACUCAUCCGCUCAUCCAACCAACCAACCAACCAACCAUCCAUCCAUCCAUCCAUCAUUAAAAUAUUCCUAAUACUUAAUAUGCUAUAGUGCCAGGAAAACAAAGCCGUUUUACUAUGACUAUGGAAUCGUACAGUGACCUCCUCCCUUACGCCCCCUCCCUUUGCAUUGAAGGGGUUAAAAUACCUUUGGUCACUUACCUACAUCCAGUGCUGAUGUCCCUUUCAAAACAGGAAGUCCCCUCUAGCCUUGUACACAGCCAUUAGAGGUGGAGAUAACCCUCAGAAAUAAUUAUUGCAGUUUCUCAGAAACCGCAAUAAUUACCUUUGCACGGUUGAGGGACAUGGGACAUUGCACCCAGACCACUUCAAUGAGGGGUGUGGGUGCCUACAGUAUCCAUUUAAACACAGCUUGGAUAGAACACAGGAAUUGUUUUUGUUUGUUUUUUUUAGAAAAAACAAGAACUAUAUCAAGGUUUGAAUCAAGUUUAAAUUGAUGAAACAAUACCAUUUACACAUAAAAAAAAGUGAAAUCUUUCAUUACAGCUACUUUAUUAUCUCAGAAAUGUUAACUUUAGAAACCCAGGAGGAGAAACUAUUUAUUUUGAUAAGAAUGGAGAUAUCCCUCUGUACAUGGACAUCUUAAACUGGCAGCUUUAUCCCAAUGGCAGCAAUCAAUAUGUACAUGUUGGUAGUUACGACGCGCGUUCUCCAAAAGGCCAGGAACUGACAAUUGAUCAGAGCAAGAUUGUAUGGAAUAUAGGUCAUGAUAACGUAAGUGGAACAUAG